CCGCGCGAGGCCAAUAUUCUUAGAGAACAGACCGCGCUCAAAUCGAACGAUGUUGGGUUUUUCAAUCUUUACCGAUACGCGACCUGGUGGGACUUGACCCUCCUCGUGUUUGCAGUAUUCUGUUCAAUAGCCGAAGGCUGCGGUCGUCCCCUCAUGACCGUCGUCUUUGGAAGCGUCACCGAAACAUUCACCAGAUAUGUCUCUCAGAACCGCAUGGGAUUUUACAACGGCGACCAUUUCGAGUACCUUGUCUAUAUCGGUAUCGUCGAUAUCGUCGUCUCCUACUUCUCUGUCUACAUUUUCAUUGAUCGCGGUCAGCUCCUCUCUGGUCGUAUCAAAGAGCGCUACCUUGCUGCCACCUUGCGCCAGAACAUCGGGUACUUUGACAAGCUCGGCUCGGGCGAAAUUACAGUCCGCAUCGCGGCUGAUACUCUUCUUAUCCAGGAGGGAAUGUCUGAGAAAGUUGCUUACUGCAUCGGUCAGACUUCCAUGUUCCUUGCUGCUUUUGUCGUUGGUUUUGCCAGAGCAUACAAGUUGACAUUCAUCAUGGUCUCGAUCGCUAUCUUCAUUUUGGGAGUCUUCGGAAUCGUAUUGAACAGAAUGUCUGUGUACUACGCCGAGGCUCUUGGAGGCUCAUCUAGCGGUGGCGCCGUUGCUGAGGAGUCUCUUUCGAGUAUUCGUAAUGUCCAAGCAUUUGGAAUUCAGGAGAGACUGGCUGCCCGCUAUGAUGUAUUCCUAGCCAUCAGUGAGAGAUGGGCCCUUCGAGCUGGUGUUGCUUUGGGUAUCACUACUGGUCUGAUGUGGCUUGGUGUCUACAGCAACGACGCCCUUGGAUUCUGGCAGGGUGCGCGUUUCAUUAGAAGCGGCGAGAUUAGUGUUGGUGACGUCGUCUCGACACUGAUGGCCCUUAUCUUAAGUACCUACGCUUUGUCCAACAUGAUUCCUCACUUCCGAUCAAUCACUACCGGUAUCGGAGCAUCGCGCAAGAUUUUCGCCACGAUUGACAGAGACUCGCCUAUCGACUCGUCUUCGCCUGACGGAAUCAAGCUCGAGAAUGUGACGGGUGACAUCGAGUUGAGAAACGUUCGUUUCAUCUACCCUUCUCGUCCUGACGUUGCUGUUCUCAACGACUUUAGCUUGAAAAUUCCUGCUGGAAAGACAGUUGCUCUUGUUGGAGCAUCCGGCUCUGGAAAAUCUACCAUCAUUGGUUUGCUGGAGCGGUUCUACCGCCCGCUCGCCGGUGAUGUCUUGAUUGACGGCGUUGAUGUCAAGGAUCUCAACAUCCGCUGGCUUCGACAACAGAUUGCUCUUGUCUCUCAGGAGCCAUCGCUGUUCUCUUGCUCGAUUUACGAAAACAUUGCCCAUGGAUUGAUUGGUACAAAGUACGAGUAUGCUUCGGAGGCCGAAAAGCGUAAGCUUGUUAUAGAGGCUUGCGAGCAGGCUAAUGCUAUGACUUUCAUCAACACAUUCCCCGAGGGUCUUGAUACCAGUGUUGGCGAGCGUGGUUUCCUGAUGUCUGGAGGUCAGAAGCAGCGUAUUGCUAUUGCUCGCGGCAUUGUCUCGAACCCCAAGAUCUUGCUGCUUGACGAGGCUACAUCCGCGCUCGAUACAAAGAGUGAGGGUGUCGUUCAGGAGGCUCUUGACCGUGCGUCAAAGAACCGUACUACUAUUGUGAUUGCUCAUCGUCUGUCUACUAUCAAGGAUGCUGAUAAAAUCAUCGUCAUGCGUCGCGGAGUCAUCGUUGAGCAAGGCACACAUGACGAGCUUAUCGCCAAGCAGGGAGACUACUACCAGCUUGUCGAGGCUCAGAGAAUCGAGAAGCAGAAGGAGAAGUUGAACAAGGCAAUUGCAGGUGAAGAGCAGGAUGACUCUGAAGUCGACAGUGACGAGGAUGCUCUUGACAUUGUCGAGAAGCAGCUUACGCGAAUCAAGACUGCGAAAUCGGUCUCGAGCAUAGUUCUCGCAGAGACACCGGCAAAGAAGGAGGUCAACGCUGGUGAUUUCUCGCUUGGUACUUGUCUCAAGUUCUUGUAUGAGCUCAGCGAGGAAGAUAAAUCCAUCAACCUCUCGGGAGCUUUGGGUUCAUUGGCCACCGGUGUCUCCUACGAUCUCAUGGGUCUUUUCUUCGGCAAGUGUGUCGAGGCCUACGGCGUCGGUCCUAAUGACUAUGACUACAUGACUCAGCAGAUUGCGAUCUAUGCCGGUUUGUUCUUCAUGCUUGCGGUUAUACAGAUGUUCAUCACCUCCAUCUCCUGGGGAUGUUUUGCUCUCUCGACGCAGCGUCUUGUUCGUCGUAUUCGCCUAAGAACUUUCAGAAAUAUGAUGCGACAGGACAUCAGCUUCUUUGAUCGUGAUGAGAAUACUACCGGUUCGCUUACCAGUAUGCUUUCGCAGGAUGCUCAGUUUGUUGAGGGUUUUGGAGGCGCCACGUUCGGACAGGUCAUGAACGCGGGAAUGAUUAUCUUCACGGCAAUCAUUUUCUCUCUGAUCAUUGCCUGGAACUUGGCGAUUGUCUGCAUUGUCUGCAUUCCCGUCGUCAUGGGUGCUGGCUUCUGGCGCUUCUACGUCUUGUCAGUUUUCCAGAACACGACCAAGAAGUCCAACGAGGCUGCCGGAAGCUACGCUUGUGAGGCUGUCUCGGCUAUCCGUACCGUCGCUUCGCUGACUCGCGAGGAUGAUGUUAUGGAGAAAUACCACCACAUCAUCGAGGAGCAGGGACUCAAGAGCAAGAAUGCCUCGAAACAGUCUGCGCUGUGGUACGGAGUUGCUCAGUCUGUUCAGUUCUUCAUCUUGGCUCUGGCUUUCUGGUACGGCAGUACCUUUAUCCGCCGCGAGGAAUACAGCUUGUUCCAGUUCUACGUCACCUACUCGACCGUCAUUGUCGGUGCCGAGUCUGCUGGUAUCAUGUUUGCGUUUGCUCCGGAUAUGGGUAAGGCCAAGUCUGCUACUGCAAACAUCAAGAAGAUGCUCGAGACCACGCCUGACAUUGAUGUGUGGAGUGAGACCGGAAAGACGCCCGAGAACGUCGAGGGUGAUAUCGAGUUUGAGAACGUGCACUUCCGCUACCCGACCAGACGACAGGUUCCUGUCCUCCGUGGCCUGAACCUCAAGAUUAAGAAGGGACAGUAUGUUGCUCUUGUGGGAGCUUCUGGAUGCGGCAAGAGUACGACUAUCGGACUGAUCGAGCAGUUCUACAGACCGCUCGCCGGCCGCGUUUUGCUCGACGGCCAAGACGUUUUGGACUUCAACAUCAACCGGUACAGAGAACAGAUUGCUCUUGUGCAGCAGGAGCCAACCCUGUACUCUGGAACUAUCCGCGACAAUAUCGAGCUCGGCUCGCCUCGUCCGGUCACCGAGGAGGAGAUCUACAAUGUCUGCCGACAGGCCAACAUCCACGACUUCAUCAUGUCUCUUCCCGAUGGCUACAACACUCUCUGUGGAUCCAAGGGUAGCUUACUCUCUGGCGGUCAGAAGCAGCGUAUUGCUAUCGCCCGUGCUCUUAUCCGACAGCCUAAGGUUCUUCUGCUCGACGAGGCCACCUCGGCUUUGGACUCUGAGUCCGAGAAGAUCGUCCAGGCUGCGCUAGACGCCGCUGCCAAGGGCCGCACCACCAUCGCUGUCGCACACAGACUGUCAUCUAUCCAGAACGCUGACAUUAUCUUUGUGUUUGAGGGUGGUCAGGUCGCUGAGCAGGGCACACACCAGGAGCUUUUGGAGAAGAAGGGAAAGUACUACGACCUCGUUCAGCUGCAAGCUCUU